UGUACUUCUGCGCUAGUGCGCUUCCGCUUUCCCUUUUCAGAGAUGGCGGUACCGGCUUCGAACCCCAACAAUCCUAUCGUGUUCUUCGAUAUCAAUAUCGGGGGACAGGAGGUUGGUCGGAUGAAAAUAGAAUUGUUUGCAGAUGUUGUCCCAAAAACGGCUGAAAACGUCAGGCAAUUCUGCACAGGUGAAUUCAGGAAGGACGGUGUUCCUAUUGGCUACAAAGGAAGCACAUUCCAUAGGGUGAUAAAGGAUUUCAUGAUACAAGGAGGAGACUUUGUUAAUGGAGAUGGUACAGGAGUUGCAAGCAUAUACAGAGGUCCAUUUGCAGAUGAGAACUUUAAACUAAAACAUUCUGCUCCAGGUCUUUUAUCUAUGGCUAACAGUGGUCCUGGAACAAAUGGUUGUCAGUUCUUUAUUACAUGCUCUAAAUGCGAUUGGUUAGAUGGGAAACAUGUGGUUUUUGGUAAAGUGAUUGAUGGGCUUCUAGUGAUGAGAAAAAUUGAGAAUGUGCCAACAGGUCCCAACAAUAAGCCCAAAUUACCAGUUGUAAUCGCUCAAUGUGGAGAAAUGUAAAUGAAGGGGUCUUCAUUAAGGUAUUGAUUGGCAAACCUCUCUGAUAAUUGAUUUACAUAACUGGAUUCAAUGCUGCCCAGUUUUACCAAAUAGCGUUUUGUACAAUAAAUAUCCAUACACGUUCCAGAUGCUGCUGGUGCAAGUAUUUAGUUGUAUAUCUGGGUACAGACUUCUCUGCAGUAUAAUGUACAAUUUGCUCAGCUGACGCUAUCCUCAACUACAAAGUUAAUUUUUUGGUCCAGCACAGCUGUAAAGAUUAAAAAAAAAAAACACACACACGUUCCCAAGCAGCAUUUAGGCUUUUGUAUUACUAUGUUGUUACUUUUUUAUUUUAAAUAAAUAUAACUUUAAAUUAAA